CUUCAAAAAGAAAACCCCAUUAACCUCUUCUUCUACUUGAGUAAUUUACACACUUUUUGUCUCAUAUCCCUUUCUUCUUCUUCUUCUUCUUCUUCUUCUUCUUCUUCUUCUUCUUCUUCUUCUUCUUCUUCUUCUUCUUCUUCUUCUUCUUCUUCUUCUUCUUCUUCUUCUUCUUCUUCUUCUUCAAAAUCAAAAAUACCCCAUUAUCAUUCUUAGUGCAAUCGAUCACUUCUUUAGUUACUAAUUAUAUACUUGAUACAUUAUUACGCAUAUAUUAUAGCUUUACAACGUCGACGACAAGAAGAAGAUAUGUCAAGCAGAAGAUCUAGAUCUAGACAGUCAGGUAGUUCAAGAUCAAUCACUGAUGACCAAAUUAAUGAUCUUGUUUCUAAGUUGCAACAACUUCUUCCCGAGAUUCGUCACAGGCAAUCCGAUAAGGUUUCGGCAGCGAAAGUGUUGCAGGAGACGUGUAACUACAUACGAAACCUACACAGAGAAGUGGAUGAUUUGAGCGAGAGACUUUCGGAGUUGUUGGCAACAUCUGAUACUGCUCAAGCUGCCAUUAUUAGGAGUUUACUUAUGCAAUAGAGAGAGAGAUGAUCGAUGAUGAUGAUCAAAAGAUAGCUAAUUAAUUUUGAGUUUUUCUUUCUUUCUUUCUUUCUUUCUUUCUUUCUUUCUUUUUGCUAUGUUUGGUUUCUGACAUAGUUGCUGUUUUCAAUGCCCUCUCAGAGACACUUCCAUCAUAAUGUUGUUUUGUAAAAGAUCUUCUCAAUCCCAAGUCCUUCUUAUUAUUACUAUUCAUCAAUAAAAUUUCUUCUUUCUUCUUUCUU